GCGAUCGGCUGCUUGGUCUGCGACACGUAGCGCUUGGCGUUUCGGCGCCUCCGACUAACUGGCUGCGAUGCGCGACGGAAAGCAAGCAACUGAGAAUUAUGGAGGACAAGAAAAUCACUUGGCAAGACUUGGGACUUGUUGACAUACUUUGCAAAGUGUGUGUUGAUUUAAAAUGGAUCACACCUACCAAAAUUCAACAAGAAGCUAUUCCCUUGACACUUCAAGGCAAAGAUGUGAUAGGAUUGGCAGAAACUGGAUCGGGAAAAACUGCAGCUUUUGCGUUGCCUAUACUGCAAGCAUUAUUGGAGAAUCCACAGAGAUACUUUGCGCUUGUAUUGACCCCUACAAGAGAAUUGGCGUUUCAAAUUUCAGAGCAAUUUGAAGCUCUAGGUUCCGAUAUGGGAGUGAAAUGCGUGGUCUUGGUUGGUGGGAUGGACAUGCACUCACAGGCACUGAUGCUAGAAAAGAAGCCUCAUAUCAUCAUUGCUACACCCGGCAGAUUAGUUGAUCAUUUGGAGAACACCAAAGGCUUCAAUUUGCGACAGUUAAAAUUUCUGGUCAUGGACGAGGCGGAUCGCAUUUUGAACAUGGAUUUCGAGGUUGAGGUUGAUAAAGUUCUCAGAGUGAUACCGCGCGAGAGAAGAACGUUGCUGUUUUCCGCUACCAUGACCAAGAAGGUGCAAAAGUUGCAACGCGCGUGCUUGAAAAAUCCUGUGCGCGUUGAAGUUUCCACCAAGUAUCAAACUGUGGAAAAACUGCAGCAAUAUUACAUAUUUGUCCCAGUUAAAUUCAAGGACGUGUACCUGGUGCACAUCUUGAAUGAACUGGCCGGCAACAGCUUCAUGAUAUUCUGCGGAACCUGCAACAACACAUUGAGAACCGCUCUCUUAUUGCGAAAUCUGGGAUUCACGGCGGUCCCGUUGCACGGACAGAUGUCGCAGAACAAGAGAAUAGCCGCGCUCACGAAAUUCAAAGCCAAGAACAGAUCCAUUUUGAUCUCGACGGACGUCGCUAGCAGAGGUCUCGAUAUUCCACACGUGGACAUUGUCAUCAAUUUCGACAUUCCUACACACAGCAAGGAUUAUAUACACAGAGUAGGUCGAACUGCGCGUGCAGGUCGAUCGGGUCGUUCCAUCACCUUCGUCACGCAAUACGACGUGGAACUAUAUCAACGCAUAGAACAGUUGAUAUCCAAACAACUGCCGUUAUAUCCCACGGAAGAGGAGGAGGUGAUGUUGCUGCAGGAGAGAGUGAGUGAGGCACAUCGAAUAGUCAAAAUGGAGAUGAAAACCAUCGAGGAGAACAAAAAGUCGGGUAAGCGAAAACGCGGCGGCGGUGGCGGCGACAUCGACGACGACGACACAGAACAGUCUCUUGGUGUAAGAAAACGAAUAAAAGGCAAAACCAAGAGAAAGUGACGUUAGUCAAUGAGGUACGUCGCCGAUAUAUUGAUUGUAACUUUAAUAAUUUAUAUUGUAAUAAAGUCAUCUUUUGCCGUCGUAAAACCUUGGACGUAAUUCGGAAAUUUGUUUAUACAAAGGUGGUAAGGUUCUUCCUGUAAAGAUAUUGAAAUAAUUAAGGCUCAGCAAUAAGGCAAACGUUGUACUGAAGAAAUUAGUACUGUAUUUUUAACAGACUCAUAGUCUUUUGCACAGAGCAGUAUUGGUAUUUAAAUAUCACUCAAAUAAUCACAAUAAAAUAUAUUAUUAAGAGUAA